GCCCUUCUCUCUGCCUGUUUUUCCAUCCGCCGUGUUUUCCCUCGAUUGUUUUGAACGAUUCGUGUCCCGAAUACGGAUGAAUUUUGGUGAAUACUCGCUAACUUUGUACACAGAUACAGGUAACUCUUAAAGCUUGAAGAGGCGUGUCUAUGUGAAGGAGGAAGAAAAGUUCCUGUAUUAGUUUUAACUAUUCCUACAAAAUUUUGACGUAUGAGUCAAGCAGCGGUGAUUUUUCUUUAAAAUAUGAUAUUAUACACAAUUAUGAGGUGUACAAGUUUUGAAUUUUCAGUUUCUAGUGCAUCAUCAUCACCAGACAGUAAAACAAGAUGGCCACCGGUAUUUGUGGGGUUAAAAAAUGAGAAAGGGAGUUAAAUCACUGUUUUGUCGCACACAGUUGUUUUAUAAGGAUGUUUUCGACAUUAAACCCUCAUGAGAGGUCAAAAGGAUGUUAAUGAGGUCGAUAUUAAACGAUUAUCUAUCGAUAAACAUGGAAACAAAAGGGGAGACGUCGUUGUGCGCGUGCAUGUGUUUCUGGAUGCCUCUUUCGCGCGCAUCGAAACUCUCCCGCCCAUCCCCAGACCGCGCUUUCAUCACGCGACCGCCCGUAGCCAUUCACAACAAAGCACUGUGGACGCGCACAGGCUCGUGACCGCGCACGUUUCGUUCGAAUAAUUUAACCGGGAACGAGUACGUGCGCGCACACGUAUUCUUUGUGUGGCAGCGUAGAGAAGCGCCAAAAGAGUGACCAUGGCUGAUGAAAAACCAAAGGUGAGUGUUUCCGCUCUGCUGCAGUCAAACUCUUUAUUUACCUGCUUUUUAAGACAUUUGCACAGAGAAAAAACGGAGUUAUUUCCAGCGGUCUGUUUUUAAAAUGUUAAAGUUCAGAGCUCAAUUUAACUACUGCCUAUACCUACUUUGAUAGACCGGAAGGUUCGUGAACGCGCAUCCACAGGCGCGCAGAUCGCUUUCUGCUUGAUGGCACACAGCUGGUGUCAUCCUCGGAGCAUGCUGCAGCUUAUCAGCGUCUGUGAGGAGAGUUUGAGAGCCCUGAGCUGGAAAUAGCGAGUGUAUGAGUCUGUGUCUGUGAAGGAGAGAAAGUUUGUGCACUCCUCAAUGGUUAACACUAGUGAAAAUCUGUACAGGCCACUGAAUUUACAGGAUUUUCAGUAUAUCUCUGUUUACAUCCGGCUGUGGUCAACUUGUGGACACUGUAACCGAGUGUAAACAAAGGGGAAAUGUGCCCGAGAGAGGCUGUAAAAUUAAAGGAAACCCCCAAAUAAAUACCCUAGCUGGUGUUCACACAGAUCAUUUGGUUCAGUUUAACUAUCAGAGUCUGCUCUACAAUUAGAACCACAUCUGGAUUUUAUUAUGCAGCCAAAUAGUCGAUAUUUUGAUCUUCUAUUGAUUAGUGCAAGCUUGCAUUAGCCACAUAAUCAAACGUCAUAUUUGCUGUCCGAUAUCCACCCUUUACCAAUUAAUGUGACAUUUACUGUUUCUAGUAUAGUGGUAUAGAAAUCAGUCAUUGACUUGAUUUCUAUUUUUAACAUCUUAAUAUUGCUCUGAUUUUGUCUGUGCGUGCAACUUCAAGUUAAGAUAUCACACUAUAUUAAAUCGCUUUAUUGUUGGUUUGUUAUUGAAUAUGCACAGUUCGAUAUCUUAAAAGGAACACCCUAGAUUAAAACUGAUUGACUUCGUUAGGGUUUAGUUGCUCAUGGUUAUAAAUGAAGUUAAAAGGCAGCAAAGGGAGUGAUGUUAGUCUGUGUCUGUGAAGGAGAGAAAGUUUGUGCACUCCUCAGUGGUUAACACCAGUGAAAAUCAGUACAGGCCACUGAAUUUACACAUUUUCAAUACAUCUUUGUUUACAUCUGGCUGUGGUCAACUUGUGGACACUGAAACCGAGUGUAAACAAAGUGGAAAUGUGCCCGAGAGAGGCUGUAAAAUUAAAGAAAUCUGUCAGAGAACCCAAAAAACAAACACGGGAACUGGUGUUCACACAGAUCAUUUGGUUCAGUUUAACUAUCAGAGCCUGCUCUCCAAUUAGAACCACAUCUGGGUUUUAUCAUCCAGCCAAAUAGUCAAUAUUUUGAUCUUUAUUGAUUCGUGCAAGCUUGCAUUAGCCACACAAUCAUACAUCAUAUUUGGCAUAAAUAGUCCUGCUGACUGAUAUCCACCCUCACCAAUUAAUGUUACAUUUACUGUCUCUUGUAGCUGAUAUUUAUGUGAUAUGGACUCAGUUUAAUAUCAGCAAGUUUGAAGUAAAACAUGUUUUUUAGCCCAUGGUGAGAAAACAACAAAAGGGAGGUGAAUAAAACCUUAUUUAUGUUUGGAAAUACAUUAAUUAAUUGAAGAUUUUUCUGUUCUACUUUUCUUUUAAACAACUAAUGCAUCAAAUUAACCUGUGAUAAGGCAGUUUUAAUGCCUUCACCAAAUACAUAGAUUUUUUAGAGCUAUGUAAGUACGAAAGAAUUCUUUGUACUGGGUUUGUUAUUGUAAAGCAGCCAAAGAGGCUUUGAAGCAGUGAAUUUUUCCAAAUAAAACUCUGUUUAAAUUAAGAGUUGCUUUACACUGUUUUAUUGAAUUAGUACUAAAAGAUGUUGUUUGAAGGCUUGAAGGACUGUUAUAAUGUGCAGUAGUGUUUUAGUCUGCACAACUUUCUACAAGAUUCAAAGACAAAUGAGGACAGAUUAAACUUUUAAACGACUUUUUCAUUCAGCCGACCCAAGCUGAUAAGAUAACUAAUAGGUGCUGCUGAUUAGUAGCUAAAGCAAAAUCCAAAUGCUGUGCUGACUAUUUUCUUUCCUAAGGAGCCCAAUGGCCUGUGGUUAUUAAGUGAAAAAACACUCUUGAAACAUGAGACGGAUGCUGGAUGCUCCCCAAGAAGGAUGUAAAGGAUUUGCUAUUAACUCCAAACCAGAAUCAAUAUAUUUGUACUAAUCAAAUCAUGUUUUGCAAAUGCAUAUAAAUCUACAGAAGGUACUAAAAGACAUCUAUACAUGCACCUGAGUACAUUAACUCUGUUUUAUUCCCCUGUCUAAGUUAUUGUCCUGUCAACCUCUCUGAAUGAUGAGUUGGAGGUGUAAUUAACCCUCUAUGAAGUUUCUAAAGUUUCCCCAGACUCACUGUCUUUUUUUUUCCUCUUGACUUCAUCUCACAGGAGGGAGUGAAGACGGAAAACAACGAACACAUAAACCUGAAGGUAGCGGGUCAGGAUGGAUCUGUGGUGCAGUUCAAGAUCAAAAGACACACGCCGCUCAUCAAACUCAUGAAAGCCUACUGCGACAGACAGGUGGGUGUAGCAUCGUAUCUGCACACUUAAGGCUUCGCUUACAAAUGCGGGGAAAUCUGGGAGACCUGACAGGUUUAUUCCUUAACAAGCGGUCCCUAAAGUCCAGGGCGUCAGAGCUGAUUACUGCAGGUUGUCUGCUACAUCCUCAUAUGUGAAAUAACAAGUAAAGGAGCCAGAACUUCGAUUUAAAAUAAGUAUAAAAAUGUGUAAUUUGCUUUUAAUAGAGCUGUAGUUUCAAGAAGACAUGAUGCUUUCUCAUCUGCUCAUGUAGGACCUACUUUUUUUGCUUGUUUACUCUGUUUAAUCACAAUAUGAGGGGUGUAUGGUCCUAAAAAAUCAACACACUUCCUGCGUUUUGUCAGGCCCUCAUGGAUAUACUAAUACAAGCUUGAAUAGUUGUUCGUUUCAACGCUGUAUCUUUAGGAAUGCAGUUUGAAAAACUUCUGCUAAAGUUGCAUAUGCAUCUCUGUGUCUCUGGGGCACGGCACAACACAUCUGCAAAAUCUGUUGUCCUUCUGCGUACCAGAACCAUCGUUUCAGUACUUACUGGCCUUGAAGAACUGUGGGCUUUUCUUUGGCAGAGACUUCCAGUUUCUGCCUUUUUUUUUUCUUACAAACCAGCUUCAAAACUGUGUCACAAACAUCCAGAGCUGCAUCCAAAAAUAUGAGUGCAGAGGAAACGUUUUACUGAGUUCUGGCUCACCGGAUCUGCAGUUUUAUUUAUAACAGCCAGAGUUUUAGAUUGUAGAAAUGCAGUGAAGCAGAGCUGAGCCACUGAAGCUCAUGCACAAUGCAUCCUGGUACAUGUAGGAAUCACCAGCACUAUUGUUUGUUAUAUUGUUAUAACUUCAUUUGACUAAAUCAGGUUUACUUUGACAUCCACACCGACUGUGGAAAAAGUCCCUUUUGAUUGUCCUGCAUGCUCAACACUUGACCAGACACACCUCUGCAAUUGUAAUGCAGCCAUUGUGAAAGAAAUGAGUCACAGCCAAGUUUUUCCUGCAGAAACAUGUCAAAAUGUCAGCGAUUGAAGCCUCUUUCAAAAAAGUAGAAUAUUUUCCCUGAGUAGAGACAGAACUGAACCAGAUAUUCGCCACUAUUCUCAGAUUUUCCAGCUUUAAAGAUGAUAUGGUUUUAGGCUUUUAAGAAAUUUGAUAUACGGUGACUCUUCAUUAUUAUAAUUUUCAUAAUGAUUGUAAUUACUUGAUGCUUUGAGGCAACAGUUUUGAAGCCAGCACAUGUUUGUACUUGAGGGAGCACAAAAAGGCUGUGAUGAGAGUAAUUUUCACCCCUGACAAGUCAUAAAACCUCACCUUAGUAAGAGAUAAAAUCUGAGUUUCUCCCUAGAUAACCUAAUGCAAAUUCAAGCAAACAAGUACCAGAAAAUCCAGAGUAUAAGCUAGACAUGUAUGUAAAAUACAGUCCAUUUUAGGGGCCACUCAAGGGGUAAAAGGUUAAAACUUUGUUCCUGUGUGAAAUUUAUAAUUUUGUUCAGCAACGUUCAGUUUUUAUGCAAAUGUGUAGCUCUUUAUAGUGCAAUCAACCUCCACAGGUUUGAGUUUUCUUACGUAAAUUAGCAUUCCAAGUUAAUAUGGUAAUUAGUGUUUCUAAUAAUGAAUGUAAACUCUACCCCUCCCAACCAGUUUUCCCCUCAGCUCCUACUCUCCCCUCCCUCUUUGCUCCCACAAACAGACACACCUGCUCGUUCCAAUUAAAUUCAGACAUAAUGCAGAUAAAUACUUCAGAUCAUUACAAAUGGGGCCCAGUCAAGGUGAAAGUCAAAAGCAUUGGUGCUACUGUAGAUGCCAACAGACUACCAGCAAACACAAUGUUUGCAGGACUUCUACAACGAGGAUAAAGUGACAUAGUCCAGGACCCGAGGGAGGACAGUUUAGCGAUGGCGCUACAACACGCUACAGCAGGUCCGUUUGACAAGAAACACUUCUGUUACAGACACUUGUCUUACUUUGUUAAAGCGGUUUACCUGUCCAGCAGAAAGGUUACAGGGUCACCAAGAUCCAGAAACAUCCCCCUUCUUUGUUGACCCGGCUUUUUAGCUCUUGUCCGGUCUACCUCCUUUUUUAGUGUCCGUUAUUCCUCAAGAGUCUUCGGUAUUUACUUUGUUUUCUUGCUUGUGUCGGCAGUUGUGGCUAAAGGAGGAUUCAGACAAUUUUCCGAACUUUCUGGUUGGUUUCUACUGUCCGAUAUUGUAGCACGCUAACUUUGUUUGGGCUCGUGAACGACACGGGGGAGCAGCGUCUGCCUCACAACCAUAAACCCAUAACUGAAACCUAAUAAUAGAAAAAAAUUACAAAAAAUGCCAAAAUAGUCCACUUCCUCGUGUAUUCAACAGGCUUAGAAUAUUGUUUGCACUGCAGCGUAGUAUGCAUCUCACUUUUUAGGUGACCACAAAGUAUCAAAAGUUUAUCUUAUACAUCAAAUUUUAUGGUAGUUUAUGUUUGGAACUGAAAAAUAAACCUUCUGUUUGUAUUUUGCAGCAGAAAAGUUUUUUUCUCUUCGUUGUUGAAGAUGAACGUUUGCAGCAGAUAUAGUGUGCUGGAAUGAACACUAUUAUCCAAAUAAUGAGGGUAUUGGCAGGCCUAGGUCAAAAACAUGUCCUACACACAUCACAUACAAGCCGUUUACACUCGUACAGACAGUCAAGAGUUCAAACGUUAAAUAAAAGCCAGCUGAUUCUCAUUACGGAGUAAAUCAUGACGGUCACAUUGUCAGUCAUUUUCUUUUCCCUGAAAGACUCGUUGUUCAUUCGUUACUGGCUGUGCUCCAGCUCCGCUCUAUCGCUCUCCUUCUUCUCCUGUUCCCGCGUAUUUAAAGCCGUAGUUUAGAUGUAAAUCUCCCAUCAGCUUACGUCAUUCCUGUCACCUCAAACCUAAUGCCGCACCACUCCUCUGUGAUUCCACAUAAUCAUCACAAACAUCAUCUUUUCCAUCAGCAGUUAAGAUCUGAAUCACUUCUGAAGUCGUCCUUCCUUCCUCGAAUAAGAUGCAGGAAUGCUGACUUAUUCUAAUGAGCAGACGGUCGGACGAGUGCCAGCUCACUCCUUAAAGCUUCACUCUCUAAACAGUCCUGCUGUUUGACAACAUCUGCUGCACUCUGGAGAAUCUAUGUCUAAAGUUCGAAUAUUUACAGAAAUAAAACUUCGGACUUUCCUCUCGAUCUGAAAGUCAAAUGAGCUUCAACUCUCUGGAAGAAAGGAAACUCAGAGCGGAGUCGAGGAGGCCAAAGCAGACAUGUUUGUCAUGCAGCUCAUUUUGAAAACUACAGGGAGAAGCAGAUGUUUUUCAUUAUCCCUUUAUUCCUCUCACAGAAGACUGUACACCUUAUUAUUCUUCUCUGACCCUCGAGCUGCAGACUCCAUACUUAAAAGCUAUCGGCCUGUCCGCAGCAUAUUAAGAGAAUUACAGCUUUUGUCUUUACAGCACAUUUCAGACUUUGAGAAAACCAGAUCAGUGAAUCAGUGGGUAAUAAAAGCAUUAUUACAACACAUUAAAACACAAGAAACAAAGACGUGACUAAACCGAUCUGCAGAAAUGGGAAAAGAGCAAGAUAAGGAAAGCAAAUCUUAGUAUUCGUGAUCAUCUUUGGAGAUAUAAACAAUCGAUUACAGGUUUGAAAAGUUUUUAGUUUCCUGCGACGAAAACAAAACCAAAUGUGUUUACUCCCAAAGUCUCAUGUUUUCAACAGCAACAUUUGGACUCUAACUUAGAGUGUUGCUGUUGGCAGAGCAGCCUGUUACAGCGGCUACGCGUUGUGAACCUAAACAGCGCCGAACAUGGAGGAAAAGGAUGGCGAAAAACGUCAUCACAAUACGUCACAAAUCAAAUCUUUCCAUUAGUUGAAAGAAAGGGGUUUAAAUAAAUGAAAUAAACAGUCAAUAAUUGAGAGCACCAUUCAACGGUUGCAAAUCUACAGGAUUUGUAGAGGUAUACAAAUCUCUAAACAUACCGGAUAUUAACCUGAGGUCUUGUGUUUUUGUCUCUCCAGGGACUUGCAAUGAGGCAAAUCAGGUUCAGAUUUGACGGACAGCCGAUAAAUGAGACAGACACACCUGCACAGGUGAGUACAGAGCUGCUGAAUCAAGGAGUUAAAAGUAUAAACUGUCAUGCCCUCCUGCACCUGGGCUAUAGAAACGGCUCAGUCAUACUUCAUGUGUUUGCACAUGAAUCAUCAUCGCUCACUCUGGGGGGUUUUAGCCUUAAUCUUCAUCUGCCUGUGAGGAAUGCAUACUCCAUGCAUUCCUUGAAUGCCCUCACCUGGAGAAGCUCCUCUUGGUGUGUUUAUGUUUGGGAUUUUCUCUCUCUGUCCUUCAAUCUUACAAACAUGAUUACAGUCUGCUCACGGUUUGAAAUCCCCCCAGUCUUUGGACAAGUCUUGAUACGUGCAAUUGUAGGGCGGAGAAGAGCUUGCAGACUAAACAAUGACCAAACUGAAAAGAGAGAAGAGCAGCCCACAGUGAGCAGAAAAGUCCAGGAUGACAUGAGUCUGAGGACUGAACGUUGUAGUUUUUAUGUAAAACUUUGCAGGAUGGAAGUUGAAUGAUAGUUUAGAGGAGAUUUAUGCAGAUACUCAGAUUCAAAAGUGGGGCCUUUUUUUUUUAAGUACCUUUAAUCCAGUAUCUGAGACUCUCUCUGUUCCAAAACCCUGAAAAACUGCAGAGCUGAGCCCAGAAAAGCAUCCCAUAUGUCAGUCCCUGCUGAGGCCACUUUUGUGAGAGACUCUGACCAGAACAAGCAAAAAUUUUUUAAAGAUACAAAGAUGAAACAUCUGAAAGAAAUAAAAGAAAAUGAAAGUCUGAGGGCCUUUUAAAACAAGAUAUUUAAGUCAGUGAAAGGUCCUGAUUCAUUUCAGGAACAGGAAACUAGAAAUCAGAAAAGGGAAGAAACAAAAGUUCACAGCAAAUACAAAAGAACCUGAAGUUAAUGAGAGACAUGUGAGCUUUAAACAGAAAUUGGCUUUUUCUAAUGAGGACCACAGUCAGAUGCAUUUGUGGAGUUUUUAAGUGAUUGUGAAAUAGACUGAAAUUAAUAGUGAUGCCUGUUUAUGAUAUACGAAAGGGAACAAGACUACCAGGAACAAAGUGGACAAUUCCUCUAUUGUCAUUUUUGACGCAACAACAUGGGGGGUCACUUUCAGACAAGGCGGCUGAUUUCACGUUGUAGAUACAGCCUAACAGGUCUGCAGUCUAUUGAGCUUUGCAUGAAGCAACUUAAAGGGAUAAUCCGGCGUAAAAUUAUGUUAGGGUCAAACACACCACAACACUGAGUUAGACACCCCCUCCAGAGAUGAAUUUUGCCGACCUCUCUAGCCACAAAUAAUGCUCAGAACAGCACCUAACUUCAUCAACUUUUUUUUUUAACAAAUACGCAGACUCAUGUGAAACUCAUGCGCUUUAAAUAACUGUCUUUUCCCUCCACAGUUGGAAAUGGAAGAUGAAGAUACGAUCGACGUGUUUCAGCAACAGACGGGAGGCCUGAUUUAAUCGACCACACGCAUCACAGUUUUCCUUCUUCACACUGCAAACCUUCCCAGUCAGUACCUCUGCAGCUGCUUCUUUACAACUCGUCCUGAUGUCUCCACAGAGUUUGAACGCAGACGUUUUCAUAUCUCUGCUCCACAUAACUGCUGUAUAAUAGUUUCAUUCUCGCCCUUCUUUUUUUUUUGGUUUUGUACAUAAACCGACAUCGAAAUCAUCCGGGUUUUCUGUUCUCAUGCUCAGUUGUUGUAAAUGUUAAGGACAGUCCUUGCCAAUUUGUAGGUUGUUCAUUUUUCCAAAGGUUGCAGACAGAGAGGAAUGAUGAUGGAGGGGGAUACUUAAUAAAACCGACAGUACUGAGCAAAUGUCGUUGGGCGAGGCUUGUUCAGUGUCCAACAAAUCUAUUCUUCAAGUGAACUCUUUGGGGACUGGCGAUCAUUUUACGAGUGCUACACCCUGUUAGGGAACGAGGCUGGAUGGUUGUUUGUUUUUCUGUUAUCAUUGAAAAGUUAUUUGAUUUUAUACAUUUUUAUAUAGUAAUGGAUGUGUAGGGAAAUGUUUUGAGUAAUGGUUUGACUAGGCCAAGCUUCAGAUUUCGGGGAGCCUGAUGAGACGUUCCAGUCAAAUAAACAUCUGUAUUAUCUAUUGAGAUGCUUGUUAAAAUAAAGCUAUUGUCUUUUUCCAAACUUCCACUAA